AUGAGACAUCUUGCCCUCGCGCUGCUGACGUUGCUGCGCCCCGCGGCGGCCAUCCAGGUGGCCCUGCAGGAGGACUCAUCCCUGCGAGCCCCCCGGCACCGGGACCUGGCCGCCGCAGAGCUUCAGCAAGGCCAGGGCCUGGGACUUGGCCGUCCCGAGAGCGGGCGUCGCCGCGCUCCGACGCCGACGAAGCACGCCCCGCAGCCGAAGUUCUUCUCCGUGCGGAGGAGGCGGGCCACCCCCAUGUGGGAGCCGGCUCGGGGUCUGAGGCGGCCAAGCACUGGUUCGCGGUCUUGUGCUGCCGAAGGUGCUCUGCCUUGCUCGGCCUCUGGGGGCCGUGUUCGGCUCGUCAUGACGGCGAAGGAAGGGUCCGUGGACGACCUGCCACCGACGGUGCGCGACAACGUCCGCAGGACUUUGGAGCUGAAUGCUGGCUUGCGGCUGCGGUUUCUCGACGACGGACAGUGCCAUGAGUUCGUCGCUACCCACUUUCCUGAUCUGGAGCCCUCGUUUGCCAGCGAAACGUUCGGGCCUUUCCGCGGUGAUAUAUGCAGAGCGGCGGUGCUUGCGCUCGAGGGUGGCUUCUAUGCAGAUUUGGAUCUUCAGUUCCGUUUCUCGUUCUCCGAUCUGGUAGACAACACCACAACUUUCAUGAGUGCAUGGUCGGGCGUCGACUGCGACAUUCUGAAUGCCCUUGUGGCUGUGGAGCGCGGCAGCGAGGUCAUGCAGUCUGUUCUGGAUGCUAUGAAGGCUUG